UCACCAGCCUCAUUUAUAUAAAACAGUUAGAGAUUUUUUAGCUUCUUUCAAUUACAGUAAUUUCUUCAACAUCUCCUCGCCCUCUCCGCCUCCCUCUUUUUCCUAACUCUCUCUCUCUCUCUCUCUCUCUCUCUCUCUCUCUACCAUUAUAUAUAUAGACAUAGACAUGCAUCAACCGACUGGUCCAUCGCCCGCAUGCCUUGUUUCACUCCCUCUCUGUAGACUCCCUCCCUACAUAUACACAUAUACACAUACAGUUGUGCACCCAUAUAUCGCUCUCUACUUGUCACCACUCAUAAACAAAUGGGGAUUUUCAAAGACAAGGGAGUGGUCUACAAGCCCGUAUCCUAUGUCGACCUCGGCCCUCACAGCCACGACGUCUAUAUCAGUCCCAAAGUUAAAGCUCCUCGUAUGGCUGGUUUUCUGGUUACAAUUUUUGCCUGGUUUUUGGAAUCACGCAUCUUUGGACCUAUUUUGUUGUACAUAUUGAAGAAGGACAACCUAAUCCACAGGCUUGUUUCAUUUGCAGAUUUGGAAGAGUCACCUGUAUUUGUUCCUUUACACCCUGACGAAGGCCUUGAAGAACAACAAAUAAAAUGCAUAGAGUCUGAUCUCUCUCCACCAGAACAAGUUCAAAAGGCGACGGAAUGCCUUCAGUUUUCAGAAUACAUGGUGAAAAAUCGAAAGUUCAGUUUCUAUCGGUGGACAAUAAUGGAUUACUCAAAAGCCUACACAUCAGGAAGGAUAACUCCUCGAUUGGUUGCUGAUCAAUUUGUAGCUGCUGUUCGUGAAUCAUCCAAACCUGAAUUUCAGAUGUCAUUUUUUAUUGAUUAUAAUAUUGAAGAUAUCUUAAAGCAAGCGACUGAAUCAACUCUUCGCUAUGAACAAGGACAAGCAUUAUCAGUUUUAGAUGGUGUUCCAAUUGCUAUCAAAGACGAAAUAGAUUGCUUGCCCUAUCCAACAACAGGAGGCACAAAGUGGUUGCACAAAGUAAGACAGUGUACGGAUGAUGCAUGCUGUGUUAAGCGCCUGAGAUUAUGUGGUGCCUUACUUGUUGGGAAGACCAAUAUGCAUGAGCUUGGGGCUGGAACCAGUGGUAUAAAUCCUCACUACGGGGCAACAAGAAAUCCAUAUGAUCGCACUAAGGUUGCUGGGGGUUCCUCUAGUGGAUCUGCUGCUGUGGUGUCUUCAGGAUUGUGCCCUGCUGCACUUGGUGUUGAUGGAGGAGGGUCUGUGCGAAUGCCUGCUGCUCUUUGUGGUGUUGUUGGUUUGAAGCCAACUUUUGGACGUGUACCACACUCUGGCGUUCUUCCUCUGAACUGGACAGUUGGUAUGGUCGGAAUACUAGCAGGCACAGUUGAAGAUGCUUUUAUAGUUUAUGCAGCUAUCAGUGACCAAAGCAGAACUCAUCAACCCACCACAGUAUCGCCAAAAUUACAUUUCCCGCUGUUGAAGUCACCAAACACUGUGUCAAACAUCAAACUGGCUAAAUCUGUAGAGUGGUUUAACGAUUGCACCGAAGACAUUAAAGUCUGUUGUUCCCGUGCUAUGGACCAACUUUAUAAGCAUUAUGGAUGGGAGAUUGUAGAGGUGACUGUACCGGAAAUAGAGGUGAUGCGCCUGGCACAUUAUUUAACAAUUGGAUCCGAGUGUAGCAAUGCAAUUGCUUGUCAUCUAGAAAAGCUGGAUAUGGCAGAAUUAGGAGGGGAUGCAAGAGUAGCACUUUCUGUUUAUGGGGCUUUCAACAGCAGGGAGUAUCUAAAUGCCCAAAAAAUUAGGAACCGCCAGAUGCAAUUUCAUAAGAACAUAUUUGCUAAAGCAGAUGUCAUUGUUACACCAACAACAGGCGUAACGGCUUACACACUGUAUGACGAUGCUCUGAAAACUGGUGAACUUGACUACAUAAAUGGAGCUGCACUCGUUCGAUAUCAGAUAUCAGGAAAUUUCCUGGGAUUGCCCGCGGUGACUGUACCAGUUGGAUAUGACAAACUUGGCUUGCCUAUUGGCCUUCAGUUUAUUGGGAGGCCAUGGUCGGAAGCUACGCUUAUCCACAUAGCCUUUGCAAUGCAGGCCCUGUGCAUCUCAGAUUACAAAAAACCACAGGUUUUCUAUGAUCUAUUCAAUCAGGAUUGAGUGCAUGAGAAUUGCGUGCAUUGAUACAAUGGCUUUCUCUCUCUGUGAAAAACAAAGAAGCAGUUUUAUGUUUAAGUUGCUGUUUUUCAACGGCAUUGUUCAGAGAAUUGACUCUAUACACACAUGUAUCCCUUGAGUACAGAAACAUCAGAUAUUACCAUGUUCCAACAAUCAAUUUGUGGAACUGGGUGGCAGCUUUAUUGUUAGCUAUUGGGUGACCAUUUAUCAUUCUCCUUUCCUAUAUUUGAUGCAAACAAUGACUGAAUAAGUUCCGUAGAAUGGAAAGGAAUUUCAGACA